AUGGCAAGGCAGAACGGAUACGAGCCUUAUCCUGUGAGGCGUACAUUACUGGUCACAUAUCCUCGUACUGCGUCCAACCUACUCGUAAGAAUGUUGUCAUUGGAAGCGCAGGAGAAUGCUAUUUCCAACGAGAAGGGAGGGUACUUCUUCUGGGACUCCUUUAUCAAGGGCAGGAUAACAAAUUCUACGUACACGCCAAUUGAAAAGUGGACAACGCAGCAAACCGAAGAAAUGCAGCAGGUCUUCCAAGACGAUUUCAACCGCUGGGAGAGCACCUCACAUAUGGCCGAAUCUGAGGGCAAGUUAUUCUUUGCAAAGGAACAUAUCCAGUGGUUCGCAGAUCCGGCUGCCAUUAGCGAUUAUCUUUCCCAUAGCGAUAGCCACACUCCAUCUCCGGUCAACAUCAAGAUCCCGACUUCGUACGGCAUGCCCCAAGGGUUUUCGUCCAAUAACCUCACAAUAUUCCCCGACCACUACUUGGAGACCUGGAGGCUGACCUUUCUGAUUCGUCACCCCGCCUUGGUAUUUCCGUCGUUCUAUCGCGCGAUGAGAGAGCUGGAAAAGGAGGAAUUCGCCCAGCCUCAUGAAAUGCAGCCGUUGAUGGAAUUGAAUGCCACUUUAAGAUGGACUAGACUACUUUACGAUUGGUGCUGCCAGCAUCAAGGGGAUUCGAGCAUAGGCUGUGAGAGGGAUACUCGGUAUCCCUUGGUACUAGACGCUCAGGACAUUAUACAUCAUCCUGAUAUUCUCGCUAGGUACUGCAAGCUUAUAGGACUCAACCCGGUCCAUCUAAAAUCGGAAUGGAACGCCCCGAAUCAGAAGAUGGAGAAUGGGACCACGGACAGUAUGAGCCACAGAAACCCUGAAAGAGUGAUGAAGUCCACACUAGAAAAUUCAUCACAUGUCUUGAAGGACAAAACGCCGAUUAUCGUCGACAUCGGGGUUGAGAGGAAGGGUUGGGAUCGGGAGUUCGGUAUAGAUUUCGGCGAACAGAUGGAGAAAUGGGUGAGGGAGGCAAUGCCAGAUUAUAAUUAUCUUCGAGCGAGAAGGCUACGAGUGGGAGAUGUGUGA